CAGUCACGACAUAGACAAAGAACCGCACGUUAGAGAGGCCCACGGUCGGUUGGUCAUCUUCACCAGCUUCUCAUCUCUCCCUUUGAAUCUAAGCCUCUCUCUCUCUCUCUCUACUAGUCUCUCUCUCACUCCUCCAUUCCAUAAUUCUCCCAAAUGAAAAGCAAAACCCAAUAAUCCCAAGCUUUCUGUGCUCUCUCUCUCUCAUAUGAGGACACUCUGCCCCAACCUGGAUCGCGAGGACGGUCUCGAAACAGUCCUUGAAGUCCCCAUCCCAGAAGAAACCUUCACUAAUUCAAACAACAAGAACAAAUCAUGGCAAAACAUGAAAGGAUGGGUCAAACCCUACACCGAUCGAUCAUCAUCAUCACCACCCUCCAUCUUCGGAGGAAGCCGCAGUGCAGAGAUCCAGCUCCUCCUCGGCGUCGUUGGAGCUCCCCUUAUCCCUCUCCCCAUCUCCUCCACCCAACCCAUUUCCCAAAACAUCAAAGACCACGCCAUCGAGGCUUCAAUGGCGAAAUAUAUUGUGCAGCAAUAUGUGGCGGCGACGGGGGGAGAGAAGGCAUUGAAUUCGAUUGAUAGUAUGUAUGCGAUGGGGAAGGUGAAGAUGGCAUAUUCGGAGUUUAUCGCGGGGGAUGGGAUGAGUUUGGGGUGUAAUAGUUUGGGUGGUAAUGUUGGGAAGGUGAUGAAGAUGAAGAGUGUCAGGAAUGGGGUUGGGGAGGUGGGAGGGUUUGUGUUGUGGCAGAAGAGCCCUGAGUUGUGGUGUUUGGAGCUGAUGGUUUCUGGUUGUAAGAUUAGUGCUGGGAGUGAUGGUAAGGUUGCUUGGAGACAGACUCCAUGGCACAAUUCUCAUGCUUCUCGUGGUCCCCCUAGACCUCUUCGCCGUUCCCUGCAGGGUCUUGAUCCAAGGUCCACUGCAAAUUUAUUCUCCAACUCAGUCUGCAUUGGAGAGAAAACCAUCAACGAUGAAGACUGCUUUGUGUUAAAACUAGAAGCCGAGCCAUCGGCACUGCGAGCAAGAAGCAGCAGCAAUGUAGAGAUCAUUAGGCACACGGUGUGGGGCUAUUUUAGCCAAAGAACAGGGCUCUUGGUCCAACUAGAAGACUCUCACCUCCUCCGAAUCAAAGCCAGCCCUGAAAAUGGAGCUCAUGACAGCGUGUUUUGGGAGACAACAAUGGAGUCUCAUAUUCAAGAUUACAGAACCAUUGAUGGCAUUAACAUUGCACAUGCCGGAAGGACUAAUGUGGCGUUGUUUAGGUACGGUGAGAGCUCUGAAAGCCAUUCGCGGACAAGGAUGGAGGAGGUGUGGGAGAUCGAGGAAGUGGAUUUUAACAUUAGGGGAUUGUCUAUGGAUUGUUUUUUGCCGCCUGGUGAUUUGAAAAAGGAGGAGGAAGGUUGUGGCGGUGGCAGUGUUGGUGGUGUAGCAGGGAAUGUGCAUUUAGGUUUUAAGAUUCGAGCAGGGCCUUCAAGGGUUGGAGUUAAGAAGGUUGUGGCUAUCGACGUUGAUGAUUCAAAAAAGAUAAAUGAUGACGAUAAUGAAGAAUUAUAGACAUUGAUGAUUCACAUUUUUUUUGUACAUAGAGCAAUGUUGCACCAAUUACUAUAUAUAUUUUUUAAUGUCUAAUUUAGUUAAUAGUGAAUUGCUAAGCUUUGAGAUUGGGAAGAUGCAUAUAGAGUUUAUUUUUUACUAAUUGAUGUUGUGAAAUGUAUACCCUUAUGUAUAUGCACAGGGGUUACGCCCUGCAUUUUAACUAUUGGUUUUUAACCAUUUGUUUUA